AUGGCAGAAACGACGACGACGGAGAGGAAGGGUAUAUUUGAGCGGACGUCAGAUUUCGUUUGGAAGCACGGCACCUUUUUCCGCAUCCAUGCCACCGUCUUUACCAUCGUGCCCUUAAUCGCAGCGGGGGUCUUCUAUGGAUGCAACGGACGCUACCACGUCCCAUUUAUUGACUGUUUAUUUCUCUGUUAUUCAGCCAUGACGGUUACAGGCCUUUCUACGGUUAAUCUGUCCACAACAACUGCAUGGCAGCAAACAAUAUUAUUUCUUUUAAUGCUCAUGGGGGACUUUACUGUUGUUUCUUGGAUUAUGGUCCUAGUUCGAAAGUGGUAUUUUAAGAACGUUUGCGAAUACGUCAAUUACCAAAAUCACCGAAAACCCAAGCCUGUUAAAAGCCGUUCAAUAUUCUUCAAGUCGAUUUCAUCUCCAGUAGCUGUCUUCAAGCAGAGAGAAGAGAUUCCAGCGCAAGAAAAGGCUGAAACCCCCACCUUCCAAUUUAUCCAACCCACACCAGGAGUUACACUAGACACUGGCCCCGAACGUGUUUCAAAGGAGCGACACGCCGACCUUGGCGACGAGGAACACAUACUAGGAGAUGUACGGACAUUCAGCUCGUCUCCUCGUGCUGCAAGUGUCUUGCUUUCUCCUGUAGCCACGCAGUCUCCACGAGGUGUCAACUUUGCGCUCUCGACCUCAAUCGACCAGCAAAUACGGCUGCAGACUGUUCGUGAGGGUGUUGCAUUUCCCCGAAGAACGGCUACUGUCUACAGUAGUAACCGAAAAGUGGACCCACAAACUCAGAAGUUCGAAGGCUUCGGUGGAUUUCCUGGUCCGUUCAAACUAGCAAAGCGCUUGUUCAAACGUGGCGCUCCAACAACGUUCCGAAAGAUCGAACGCAAGCUCACGUUGCCAUAUGUCGAAACACUCGAAGCCAAAAAGGUGCCUUGGCUGUCAUUCGAUGGCCUGGUUGUUGGGCGGAAUUCAGCAUUUCGCACGGAGACCUUGUCGGAUGAUCAACUUGAGGUUAUUGGUGGGGUCGAAUAUCGGGCCCUGAGGUUAUUGAGCUAUCUCAUUCCUGCGUAUUUUGUGGGGACUCAGCUCUUCUCGUUUAUACUGUUUGCUCCCUGGAUCUCGACUACACACAAAUACGAUGCGGUUUUUGAGGCCCAGCCUCGAUUAGUUCAAAAGCCUUGGUUCUCCUUGUUCUUAGUCCUUUCGUCGUACUCUGGCGGCGGUCUCUCGCUGGUGGAUAUGGGAAUGGUCCCAUUUCAAACAGCUUAUUUAAUGGUACUUGCACUCAUGUUCGUCAUCCUCGCGGGUAAUCAUGCCUUGCCUAUUUUCUUAAGAUUAAUUAUAUGGACUUGGUCGAAAAUCGCUAGAAAGGGGACAGAGACGGCUGACACGCUAUCGUUCCUGCUUCAACAUCCUCGUCGCUGUUUUCUAUACCUGCGACUUCCCAAGUCACCAAACGUGGUUCCUAACCAUCCUGCUUAUUUUCUUCAGUUUCCUAGUGCAGUCGAAUGGGCUGCUUUCGCAGUUUUAGACAUAGGACUCCCAUUUUACAACCAGAUUCCCAGUGGACCCCGUGCCCUCGCUGGUUUAUUCCAAGGUCUAGCCGCUCGAGCGUCUGGAUUAGCCAUCGUUCCUCUGGCAUCCUCAUCUCCAGCUUUGCAGUUCUUAUACGUCGUGAUGAUGUACAUUGCUGUUUAUCCUGUUGCAAUGACUAUUCGGUCAACAAAUGUAUACGAAUCUGAAUCGCUUGGAGUGUUUGAAGAGCCUCCCGAUGAAGCCGAUGAAGAGCCAGCCGACCUCGAUAAGUUUGAGCCGCGGGAGCGCAUAGGACGAUAUCUGCUGUGGCAUGUUGACCGCCAGAUGGCCAAUGACAUCUGGUGGCUUGUCUGCGGGGUGUUCCUUGUUGCAGUAAUCGAGCGCCACAACAUCAUGGACGACUCAGAGAAUAAGAAAUGGUUCGACCUGUUCCGCGUCGUUUUUGAACUCGUUUCGGCGUUUGGUGGCAUUGGGUUAACGCUGGGUGUUCCGGAUAACAACUUUGCGUUUACCGGCGCUUUCCGUCCGCUUUCCAAGUUGGUGACAGUUUGCAGGCUUCGUGGACGGCAUCGCGGAUUACCUGUCGGCGUUGAACGCGCAGUUACUUUGCCGCACGAGCUCAAGACGGCUCAACGGGCAGCACAAGACAAAGGGGGCAAUAACGCGCUUGGCUUGAACGGUUUAUCGCCAAUUGUGGAAGCAUAA